AUCCCAACUUGGCCCCUAAGUUGAAUCACUUUCCCGUUCUGGAUUAAAAAUGGCGGAAACAGAGGGGAAGUUGAUUCGGCCUUUGAGAUCGCAGAUAUUAGACCUUCCCCCCAGUUGCAUCGAAUUUUGCCCUGCACAUCCCUCUUACUUCCUUGUCGGGACUUACUUUCUCCAACGGGAAGUUGAGAACGCCGGUUUAGACAAUGCGGGUGCGGGAUCUAAUCCUGGGGACGAUGAUCAAUCUCGUCGGCAGAAGCAGCCGCAGAGCCGCAAUGGCAGCAUCAUCGUAUUUCGAAUCGCGGAUGGAGACGUAACUCUUGUUCAGACCAUGGCCCAACCCUCGGCCAUCCUAGACCUCCGGUUCAACCCCCACGAGGCGAGGCAUGACAUCUGCGCGGCUGUCUCGAGCACUGCUACACUCGCACUGUUUAAACUGUCCCCUGACGAGGGACAAACCUUGAAGCACCUAAACACCAUGGACAUUGCAGCCAUGUCCAAUGGAAAGAUCGAACCGGCACCUGGGGAGGAGAUCAUCUUCACCUCGUUUGGCUGGCAUCCGUCACAGGCGGAUCUAAUGGCUGUUACCACCUCCACUGGACAUGUGUACCUUGUGCGCCUCGCAACAUAUGAGGGCAAGUGGGAGCUAAGCACAGAGCCUUUCAUUACGCACACGCUUGAGGCUUGGUGCGUGGUUAUUUCUCCCAGUCCCACCGUUACAAUGCCGCCAGGUGAGGUGGAAGAAUCGGGCCAGUCGUCUUUCAAGGUAUACUCCGGAGGCGAUGAUUCUAUGCUACGCUCCAGGAGGUGCAAUUGGAGCGAAGGCGGCUUCAUCCAAUUCCACCCCGCCUGCGAAUCAAGAGGCCAUGAUGCUGGAGUCACGGCCAUCCUGCCUCUACUCGUGCAAGACGACGGGCACGAACUAGUUGCUACUGGAAGCUACGACGAGCAUAUCAGACUGUUUUCGUUUCCGCCCUUCGGCCGGCCGAAGAAGCUCGCCGAGAGCAGACUAGGAGGCGGAGUUUGGCGGUUGAACCUGGUUGACUCGGAUACCACCCCAAGCCCUAGCUACAUCUGGAGAGCCAGAAUUCUAGCUUCUUGUAUGCAUGCAGGUGCAAGGGUCCUCGAGGUGUUGCAAACGCUGGAUGGCGAGUAUCGAUUCGGGAUUCUUGGCCGCUUCGAGGAGCACAAGAGCAUGAACUACGGAAGCGAUUUCCAGCCAGGGUCGAAGGGCAAGUUGUCAGUUGUCUCUACGAGCUUCUAUGACAAGCUGUUGUGCUUAUGGGAAUUCGAGUUUUCUUGAGCCAAGGAAGUCCUAGAAUUCAUUGUCUUGGUUUUUGGAUUUCUUUUCUUUCCAUGUCUUUUCAAGUAUGUGGCCCGACUUGCCUGCAGAGCUGCGCAAGAGAUACGCCGAAACACCGAGGCAGAAUUUACCAGAAUACCCCCCAGCUCCUGGUCAACGUGUGACGCAAUUUCCUUCGCCGCUUUCCUUUGUCAGGCCGGGU